UCUCCAAAUAUCUAUAAUUUCGUUUUUAUUCUUCGUGUUGUUUUUUUUUUCUGCUUAGAUUUAGAGUUGCGUUUCGUGGCCUAGGGUUUUGUCCUUUCAAUCAACUGGGUUAAUAUAAUGGUUUUACAUUUUCCAGGGCUCAAUUCUGGGUUUAUAGUUCAGGAUUUGGUGCUGCUUAAAGUCUUUGCCUCCAACAUGGCUACUCUGAGGGACCUUCUACCCGCAGUGAAGUCAAGUAGUGCUGCGCAUUAUGACCACACAAAUGAUCCAUGGUUUAAGAACAGGUAUAGUGGUGCUGAGGAAGAGAAAACUGCAGUUAUCAAAGCAAACCCAGUGCCCCCUUAUAUGAAAAGGGCUGGAUUUAGGCCAUCUAAGCUUGAGGAUUUUGGGGAUGGAGGUGCAUUCCCUGAAAUUCAUUAUGCACAGUAUCCUCUUGAUAUGGGGAGAAAGAAGGACUGGAAACCUGCUAACAAGACAUUACCUGUUACUGUUGAUGAGCAUGGUGAUGUGAGAUAUGAUGCAAUUGUGAAGCAGAAUGAAAAUUCAAAGAAAAUUGUGUAUUCUCAGCAUAAAGACCUUAUUCCCAAGGUUGUGAAAGAUGAAAACGAUGAAGAGAUGGACAGUGAUGAGAUGCAGAAGUUAAUUGAGGACACCACCAUGGAGACGAAAGCAGCCCUUGAGAAGAUUGUGAAUGUGAGGUUGAGUGCUGCACAGCCCAAAAAUGUUCCCACACAAUCUUCAGACUCUAAGUUUAUUAAAUACAAGCCAUCACAACAAUCAGCAGCUUUUAACUCAGGUGCAAAGGAGAGGAUCAUUAGGAUGGUGGAAAUGCCUGUGGACCCUUUGGAGCCACCAAAGUUCAAACACAAAAGGGUACCAAAGGCUUCUGGCUCUCCUCCUGUGCCUGUUAUGCAUUCUCCUCCUCGUCCCGUGACUGUGAAGGACCAACAAGACUGGAAGAUUCCUCCUUGUAUUUCCAACUGGAAGAAUCCAAAAGGUUAUACAAUUCCACUUGACAAGCGUCUUGCUGCUGAUGGUAGGGGACUUCAGGAGGUCCAGAUCAAUGACAAUUUUGCAAAAUUGUCAGAGGCUUUAUAUGUUGCUGAACAGAAGGCUAGAGAAGCAGUUGCUAUGCGGUCAAAGGUGCAGAAGGAGAUGAUGAUGAAGGAGAAAGAAAGAAAGGAAAUGGAACUUCGUGAAUUGGCCCGAAAGGCGAGAUCUGAAAGAACAGGUGUUGCGCAUACAGGUGCUGCUCCCGCACCUUCUGAAAGGGGUACUGUGAAUGAUGACAUGAAUGCGGAUUAUGACCAUGUCCGGGAUGUACCAAAAGAGAGCAGAGAGGAAAGGGAUGAGAAAUCACAGAGAGACAAGAUUCGUGAAGAGAGGCGUCGGGAAAGGGAGAGGGAGCGAAGGUUGGAGGCUAAAGAUGCUGCAAUGGGCAAGAAGAGUAAGAUUACAAGGGACAGGGACCGCGAUGUUAGUGAGAAAAUGGCCCUUGGUAUGGCCUCAACCGGUGGCACAAGAGGAGAGGUCAUGUAUGAUCAGAGGCUAUUUAACCAGGAGAAGGGGAUGGAAUCCGGAUUUGCCACUGAUGAUGCAUAUAAUAUUUAUGACAAGGGUCUCUUUACUGCCCAACCUACGCUCUCUACUCUCUACAGACCAAAGAAAGAUGCCGAUGCUGAGAUGUAUGGUGGUGCAGAUGAGCAACUGGAUAAGAUUAUGAAAACAGACCGGUUUAAACCCGACAAGGGAUUUGCUGGAGCCUCUGAGAGGGCUGGUCCUAGAGAUAGGCCUGUAGAGUUUGAGAAGGAGGCUGAGGAGGCAGAUCCAUUUGGGUUAGACCAGUUCUUAACUGAGGUCAAGAAGGGUAAAAAAGCCAUGGACAAAGUAGGCAGCGGAGGUACCAUGAAGGCCAGUGCCGGCUCCACUCGAGAUGGCUAUGAAGGAGGAUCAAGUAGAUCAAGGAUUAACUUUGAGAGGGGGCGUUAAGAUGUAUCUUUGCAAGAGUCUAUGCUCACUCAGUCAUGAAGAAUUCGACACUCCAAAACUCCAAAUUGUCUUUUUAUGUUCCUUGUGUGGUUUUACAGAGUUCUUAGACUCAAAACUAUUGAUACGAUUUGGUUUCUUUGUUUUGAUGCUAUUCUGUUUUUCUGUACCAUAUUAAAUUGCCUAAUAGGCACUCUUUUCAAUCAUGAUAAGAACCAGUAAACUUGGAGCCAUUCUUACUAGUUACUAGUUCA